GGGGGCGGGGCGCGGCGCCGGGUGUCUCCGGCGGCGGGGCGGCCCCGGUGUUCAGAGCCGGGCGGCGCGGCUGCACGGUGCCGGGCUCUGCUGUCGGGCGCAGCGCCGGCCCGGCCCCAUGCCGAGCGCCGUUGCCGUUGAGUCCCGCCAUGGGCGGAUGUGUGGGGCGGCAGCGUCGGGAGCGGCCCGCCGCCGGGAACCCCCGCAAGCGAGCAGGCCGCAAUGAGCCCCUGAAGAAGGAGCGUCCCAAGUGGAAGAGUGACUACCCCAUGACGGACGGGCAGCUGCGCAGCAAGCGGGACGAGUUUUGGGACACAGCACCUGCCUUCGAGGGUCGUAAGGAGAUUUGGGAUGCCCUGAAGGCAGCUGCCUACGCUGUGGAGGUCAACGACCACAGCCUGGCCCAGGCCAUCCUUGAUGGAGCUAGCAUCACCCUGCCCCACGGGUCUCUGACGGAGUGCUACGAUGAGCUGGGCAAUCGGUACCAGCUGCCUGUCUACUGCCUGGCACCUCCCAUCAACCUGAUCCUGGAGCGGAGCGAGGAGGAGGUGGCAGAGCCAGCUGAGCCCCUGCCCAACACUCGACGGGAGUUCGCCCUCAAGGUGCGUCUCUCCACCGGCAAGGACCUGCGGCUGAGCGCCAGCAUGAGUGACACCAUCGGGCAGCUAAAAAAGCAACUCCAGGCACAGGAGGGCAUCAACGUGGCCUGGCAGCGCUGGUUCUUCUCGGGCAAACUGCUCACUGACCGCACACGGCUGCAGGAGACCAAGAUCCAGAAGGAUUAUGUUGUGCAAGUGAUCGUCAACCAGCCUGUGCAACCGAGGAACUGACUCCCUGCACCGGCUGCUGGGAGAGGGCAGGGGGCUGGAGGGCAGAGCAGCACUUCCAGAGAUGCCCUGUGCUGUGUCCCAGCCCUGCCAGAGCGGGGACAGCCGCUGCUUCCCCACAGGCUGCCAUCCACUCAGGUGACUCCCCAAGAAGGGCUGCAUGGGACUGUGCUGCCAUGGUGGGCCCUCUGGGCCGGGGACAUGGGCACACACCACAUUUGCUGCAGGAAGUUUGAGACCAAAUGUCUCUGGGGGUGUCGGUAUGGCCAGGGACCUGCUGCUGGGCUGUGCUGUUGGGAAAACAGAGGCCAUGACCUGCUGGGCUUUGGCUCCCCCUGGCCAGGAGGCCCUGGGGUGCUGGGCUGGGUGGAGAUGUCUCCCCUCUGUAUAUAGUCUGUAUUUAUCAAUAAAGCCUCUCCAUCCUUCCUCUGA